AUGAAUAAUAAUAAUAAUAACAAUAAUAAUAGUAAUAAUGAGCUAGAGGAACAAUUAGCAAGUUUAAUUAUUGAAAAUCAUAAAACAAAUAAUAUUUCAGUUGGUAUGGCCAAUAACUCAUCAAGACCUCAAUUAAACAACUGUAGACUUGGAGUUAAUUCUUCAUUGGGUGUACCAUCCUCAUCAUCAUCAUAUUGCGGUAAUCAAUUAGUCCCAGGCCCACGUUUUAGUAGUGAUAUAAAAACAAGUAUUGGUAAUUCAUUGACCGUACCAAGCAUUGUAGUAAGCUCAGAUGAGGAAAGUAAUGAUAAAAUGGAUAUUUCAACUAUCAAAUCAUCAUAUAUAAAUUGUAAUAGUAAACCAAAUAGUUCAAGUAACAUUGGUAGUUGUAAUAUACAACAGCAACAAGAUUGUGGAAUGACUGAAAAAGAAAUACUUUUAAAUCAAAUGAAACAAAAGAAGAUUCAAUCACUUGAAAGAAGAGAUCCAUCAAAUGUUUUAGUUAUGGAAAAUAUUGAUGAACAUAGAGCGCAGUUGGUUCAAGCUUUGGUACAAAAUCAAAAUUUAAACUUUUCUUUUUCUGUUCAAAUGGUUAGAUAUCUUUCAAUUUUUAAAUCUUUAAUUUUAGUUUUCACUCACAGAAAUGAGGCUGAAUUAUGCAAAUUAUUAGUAACAAGACAGGAUGAUAUUAAAUUAGAUAGUGAAACUAAAGUUUAUUUUGGAAAAGAAAUGCCACUCACAUCAUUAAAUAAGUAUCAAUUAGCAACACCAUUCCCUUCAAGACAAUAUUUAAUUUCACCACCAUUAAGUCCACCAAAUGAAUGGGCUCCACCUGGUGAUGGUAUGGAAUCUGCACCAAAUGAUAGUCAUGACCCAUUUGCAGUAGUUUCAAGAGUUACCAUUGAUAGUAGCAGUAUUGUAAGCGACAGUAACAGCAGUCACGAAACCCCAUCAUCUUUAUCACCACCCCAUUCAGUGGACCAAGAUCAAUUAAAUGAUAGAUUAAAGAAAAUAAUUUUUCAAGAUACAACAAAUAAUAAUUUACCUUCCAUCACUCUUGAAUUUUGUACAUAA